CGGUCUCAUUAAACCAAUCCAAACAAUGUCAUUCACAUCAAGCUCACGGAGUAGAUCUCUGGUUGCAUCAAAUUGGAAGCUGUUGUCGACUUAUACUUGCUUCCUCCACACAUCAUAUACAGUGACCAUUACCCCGUAUACGCUUAAAUUUAACGAAACAAAAAAAGUGUGUUGUGAAUGGACUUAACCUCACCUAAUAACAAAACUAAGUUGAAAUAUAUAUAUACUUAUAUAUGUGAAUAUGAAUUUAUAAUGCACCGCUAAGCAAACUCAAUGAAGCUAAGAAAGCAAACAAUUUGAUUUAUGACUGCACAUAUUACUCAUACGCACCGCCUCCUCACACAGCAGCCGCAUUUAAAGAAGCGGAAAAAUAUAUGAAAUCUGUUUUCGACGACUGUCACACAUAAACUACACACAACGCAGAUUCAAUAAGCAGAGAAGAAGUCAACAGUGAAAAACCACAAUGUCUGAAAACCGCAAGAACCACAACAAUUGCAACAACAACUGCAACGGCCACCAGCAAUUGAAUGCCAAAUAGUAACCAACGGUUAUUUUCAACUGCUUUUGCAAAAUUUAUUAUGUUUACACAAGGGCGCCCAACUUGUCCUUGCAACAUUCUGUUGUCUGUUGGUCACAAAAAUGCACAACACGUUGCCAACGUGAUCAGCAACUGAAAUGUGUUAUAGCGUGCAGUCAAGCAGUGAAGGCAAUAACAACAACAACAAAAGCAGUAAGUUCAGUAUGCGCUCGUACGUUCCGUCUUGGUCGGUUGGUUGGUUGGCUGAUCGUUGAGAUUAUGUUGACACUGUACUGGCAGCAACUGUCAACUUUAAUUAUCGUCGCUUUUCAAUUUCAUCAGCAACAUAAACAGCUACGGUAACAAGUCGCAAGCAACAAUGGUAGCAAAAUGUCUAGCCUGAAGUUAAAGACAAACAAAAAGCGCUCGCAACUCAUUAUGUGACCUAUAGCCCGCUGUUCGGUGUAGCUUUCUGCGGUCUCUUCCUGUAUUACUUGAAAGUUGCCAUUAAUUAGCGUUCAAUUAAGUUCGUCACUGCCCACGUGAGUUCAAGGAAUGUGCAGCGAAUAGUUUGUGUGUGAAAGGCUUUAAAACAUUUCCGCAAUGAUAGAUAAUAUCUAUAAGACGACCACAGUGAAAUAUAGCUACCUCAAAUGCUACUACACACAACAGAAUUGCUUUUUGUUUGCUUUUGCAUUUGCGGUAUUGCAGUUACAAAGUCGCUCUUUCUCUCAGAGCUCUGCGCUCAGUUCCACAACAAAUAAAAAUAUUAAAUUUCACGUGUGAAUUCUGUGCAAGUGAUCGCGUGUGGUUAGUGAAAAUUUGGAAAAAUAUAAGAAAUAAGUAAAAAAUAAGUGCUUUGAUCAAAUAAUUAUUGCUGAAAAUUUGUUUAAGUGCUAAUGUAAAAGGAAAAUUAAGUGUAUAUAAUAAUGUGAGUGGUGUGAGUUAAGUGGAAUAUAAGUGUAGCCAAAUUUAAUAUUAGUGAAAUAGUUAAAAUAUAUAAAAAUAUGUAUAUAAGUGAAAAGCGUGUCGGUUUUAUAAAGCUAAUGGUGUAUAUGAUAGAAAUAAGCAUUUUGUGGCAAUAUAAGCGAUUCAAUCUAGUGCGAUGUCAAGGUUAUAGAAAAUGAGAUUUAAUAAAAUGAAUACCGGUGUUUCAAAUAUUCCUCUCUUAUGUGCCUUCGUUUAGUGCACGAUCCUUUUCUACCAAAAAAUAUAAAAGGAGUUGUUGACUAAAGUAGUUAACAACACAGCGCAGCGUCAAAUUACGAAAAUGAAUGAAAUCUUGCUUAUUUUGAAGUUGCUGCUGCCUCUCUUCGAAUACUUCCUGCUUUCCGCAAAGCCCAUGCAACCACCUUGACAACAAGUGUCCUCCAAAAACUUCCGGCUGAUAUACAAUAUAAAUAAAACGCGCAGAGAAAGUAUAUACCGUGAUAAGUGCAACAGCAACAAUAAAAAGUCAUAGAAAAAUUCAACAAAAAUUAUUUUUCACAAAAAGAAACGCAGAAAAACUUAGUAAAGCAAUGUCAAAUUGGCAAGCGAUUGCAUCGAGCAGAGAGUAGUAAUUGCAUUUUGUGUGGCGCGCAGCAGGAAUUGAACAAUUGCCAGCCACAACAGCAGCAGCAUCAACAACAGCACCGCCAAUUGAGUGCAAAUUGCGUGCCAACAACACGCUGCACACGACAACCAGCCAUCAUUUGCAGUUUUAACGGUAUAAUUUGAAAAACAUACUGCUGGUGAGGAGCAUAAGCAACAGACUGAUUUAAAAGGCGCUUCCUUGCGCUUUCACCAACCCAAAGAGAAGAGCUUUACUGCACACAAACACACACACAUUCCAGUCGCUGAUUACUUUCUUAAGUAGCUCAUACUAAACAUAAAUAUGGUGCAUGCACCGGCACGUAAAAAUAAUAAAAACUCAAAUGGCAAUUGUGAUUUGGUGGAGGAUGUACUGACACCGGUGCCACCAGAUGGCGGCUGGGGUUGGAUGGUCGUCUUCGGAUCGUUUAUGAUACACAUCAUCACCGAUGGCAUGACAUAUUCUUUUGGUCUCUUUUAUGAUGAGUUCCUCACCUACUUCAAUGAAGGUUCAGGCUAUACGGCCUGGAUCGUGUCCAUUAUGGUGGGCGUUACUUAUGCCUCAGGUCCCAUCUCGUCAUCGUUUGUCAAUCGCUACGGCUGUCGAGCGGUCACCAUAGCCGGCGCAAUAUUUGCUGCGGCCUGCAUUGUCGCCAGUAUCUUCGCGCAGAAUGUGCUCACACUCAUAUUUACAAUUGGUAUUGGCACAGGCUUCGGACUGGGUCUCAUCUAUCUGCCAGCCAUUGUAAGUGUGACCACAUGGUUUGAGGCGCGACGUUCGCUUGCCACCGGCAUUGCCGUGUGUGGUUCCGGUUUCGGUACAUUCGUAUUUGCGCCGCUCACCGAACAUCUGAUCGGUUCGUUCGGUUGGCGUGGCGCUAUGCUCAUCAUCGGCGGCAUUGUGCUGAAUUGUAUACUAUUCGGUGCGCUCUUCCGACCCUUGGAACCGCCAAAACCAUCUAAAGCGCAGAAAAGUGAUAUUAUCGACAAUAAUACAACAAGUGCUGAGCUGAAGCCGUUGAAGUCGGGCACACCGGAGGGUGAUCAAUAUUUACAGUUGCCGCAACGGGCCGACGCGGCUUUGUGUCGCUCGAACAGCGUGGGACACGGCUUCAACAGCAACAAUUUGCGACAGCAGUUGCGUCCCUCGUUGGCGCAUUGCCGGAUGCUCUCGCUCGACUUGACCAUGCUGUUAGCGCAAGUAAAAUGUAGUUCGUUCCCAACACUUAACGCUGAUUCCCAAACAAUCGAAACAGACCUUACUGCACUCCUGUUAUAUACAAAUAACAAUCAGGCUGUGAGCAAUGGCGCCAAUGGCAAGAUCGCAGCUUCAACAAUCGCACAAAGCACGAGCAGCACGGAUAUGGUGCGUCAUCGCAGUCAGCCGCAUUUGGAUCAGUUAACGCCACCGCAUGAGAAUUGGGGCAGUGGCACCAUGUAUCGGCCGGAUAUCCUGUAUCAGGGCUCCAUCCUCAACAUACCGGAGUACACAGCCUCUCGUCAGGAUCUUUCCAGCACCGGCAUGAUGAAGCGUUAUGGUUCGGUGCGCCACAGUGUGCGCGGCAGUCAAAAUGAUGUAAGAAUAAAAUGUUGCGGCUGCAUCAGCUGCUCCCAAGAGACCCACGACACUUUCGUCGAAAUGAUGAAUUUCUCGUUGCUAAAAGAUGCCGUCUUCAUGGUAUUUGCACUGUCGAACUUCUUCACCAGCAUCGGCUUCAAUGUGCCCUACAUUUACAUAGUCGCUCAGGCCAAAACGCUCGACAUCAGCAGUGCACAGUCCAGUUACCUGAUUGCCACAAUCGGUGUGGCCAACACCGUGGGCCGCAUAGUGCUCGGCUACUUGGCGGACAAGCCAUGGGUCAAUCGUUUGUGGGUGUACAAUGCCUGUCUGACGGUGUGCGGCAUCUGCACUGCGCUAUCACCGCUCUGCAGCGGCUUUUAUACGCUCGCUGCUUAUUGUGCCGCUUUCGGUUUCACCAUCGGCGCCUACGUGGGCCUAACCUCCGUCAUAUUGGUCGAUUUGCUCGGUUUGGAGAAGCUGACCAACGCUUUCGGUUUGCUGCUGCUCUUCCAGGGCAUUGCUUCAUUCAUUGGGCCACCAAUUGGCGGCUGGAUGUAUGACAUCACCAAUUCAUACGGACCCGCCUUCCUCAUGGCCGGCAUCACAAUCGCCAUCAGCGGCCUCAUGCUCUUCGUCAUUCCACCGCUGCAAAGGCACCUCGAGUCCAAGGCUAAGCAGAAACAGCAGAUUACCGUUACGCGCAGUUAAUGUGGUCCUUAGCCCCUGAGACCUGAGACCUAGCCAGGCGCAAGUUCUCUCUGCCUGCUUCAACAAGUUGGCUGCGAUUUUUUGUAUGUUUUUCAUUUGCUUAGCCGACUUUUUAGACUUGUUUAUAAGUUAGUAUAUAUCUAUAUAUAUGUAAAUAUGCAAACAGUUGUAAUUUACUAUAUAGCAAUGUAUAUAUGUGCACUCAUACAAACACAUACAUAUGUAGUUAUGUUUGUGCAGGAAGUGACCUUUGCGGCGCAACACAAAAAUAGGGAAACAAUUCUGCCUUUAAUAUUUAUGUAAUAUGUAGUACAUAUAGUAUGUAAUCUGUAAUAUAUAUGUAUGCCUGCAUAACUGUAAAUUUUAUAAAUUACAUAUAAGCAACAAGAUACACACACAUACAUACAUAUGUACCUAUUAUGAUCUUCAAAUUUACUCUGUCGUUGAAAGUGCAAUGAAUUUAGUCAUAUUUUACUAUUGUUGUUGUUGUAAGCUUAUAAGCAAAACUGUCAUACAAACAUAUGAAUCUUACAAAAACAUAUGUAAGCGCAGCACCUGAAGAAUUUAAUAUUUCUAAGUGUUAAAAUACUAUUUUAAUUGAAAUCUUGUCGAAAAUAAUAAUUUUCUUUAAAAAAAUUAAAAAAAAAAUAUAACAAAAAUAUUCAACAGAACUAUAGUAUAAACGCUCAGGUUUACAUAUCAAAUGCUCAAACUGAAUGUAUAAGAAUUAUAAACGGUAUUCAUAAAUUGUUAUCAAAUAUAAUAAGCUUACAUAUCUAAUAUUAAAA